AUGGCCAUGCCGCCAGCGAUUUUGCUGUCAACAAUCUUGCCGCCGCCAAAGCUGCUGGACACAUCGGGCAACACCAGGCUUGCAUGGAAAACUUGGAAGACAAAUGAGAGGGUGGUCCACGAAACAUUCUACAUCAUAGAGCAAAGUGUACCAGUGACUCUGAGGGGUUCAACAGCAGAACGCCUUGACUUAAUCCGCCUGGUACAGCACAUUGAUGUCGAUCAACUUUACCAGCCAGCCCAACCUUUCGCAGAUGUCUUCACAGGACUGGGUGAGCUCAAGGACCACGAGUACGAAAUAAAAGUCAAGCCCGGCACCGUGGGUGUCGUCGUACCAGCUCGAAGAGUCCCCGUGGCCCUGGAGGACAAGACUAGAGUGGAACUUCAGCGUAUGGAGGAUCAGGGCGUCAUAACAAAGCUUCAGGGUUUUGGCAAAUUCGGCUUGGCGAGUCGAGCUCCAAACUUUGCACCAUGA